AUGGACCCUCAGAUCAAUAAACUUUGUCUCAGUUUGGAGAACUACUGGUGUCUGGGUUAUGGGCUGCCUUUCCAGCCCCUCUUUCACUUGAAAUUCUUCUCUGCCUAUGAAAAUUUUGGCUGCUGUGACCAGAAGAGACACAACAGCAUUGCAGCAAAAUACGGGGAUGUUAUGGGUUAUAUUGAUCCUCUGGGCCAUAAACUAUGUGGAUGUAAAGAUAUCCUAUGUCAGAAUUCUGGCACCUCCUUGGGAGGGGGAUACGCCCUUUCAGCACUGGUGCUGAAAAAAAGUCGGCUUAUGGCAUUAAAGGAAGAGGAGAAGACUAGUAAAUAGAAGCAAGAUAUCCGCAUUGGUAGCAUGAAAGCUUGUGCUUUCCCUGGAAUGAUAAGUUUUUAUAGAAAAUUUAUAUUUACUGAGGAUGAAGCAGGUGAGCUUUAUUUUAUGUCUACUUCUUAUCCCAGUACCUAUGCACCACAUGGAUUGCUCUACAAGUUUGUUGACCCUGCAAGGAGAGCUCCACCAAGGAAAUGCAAAUACAAGCCUGUUCCAGUGAAAACAAAGAGUAAAUAGAUACUGUUUGUUCCAUGGGCAAAGACUGUCCUUGAUCUGCUUAAUGCACCUUCAACAACCAAGCCUCAAAAAAUAGCCUCUUCUACCCCCACUGCAGCCAUCCCAACGUUUUUUUCUAAGAAAGCUAACCAGACCCCAUUUACAAAAAUGAAAACAUCAACAGUGAAGCCAGCUCCAUCUGGUAGGAGGAAACAGUGAAACAAAUUUGAAGCUGAACCUCACAAGCCAAAACAGGAACAGAAGGUUCCACACAUUUCCAGAAUUACACCAGUGCAACCUUUACCGAAAUAGAGGACCUUCCACUGAGCCAGAACCAAGCAGCUUCUUCCAUAGAAAGCAGUAGUAGCUAAGAAAAAAAAAAUUGAUAAGAGGAAGAAGAGAUGA